AUGCUCGCAAUGUUGCAAUUGUUAUGUUUCGGUGCAGUCAUUUUAUCGGCAAGCCCCCAAUUUCUGCCGCUUAAUGACGCCAUGGAGCGAAUAAUCUACGGCACAGUGGUCGACAUUUCAGAUUUUCCUUACCAGGUGGCUUUGGUCUCGCGCAGGAAUCACCGAAAACGGAUCAUUUGUGGAGGCGCGUUGGUGAAACCCCGGGUUGUUUUUACAGCGGCCCAUUGUACUCAUACGAGGAACGACGAAGAAAGGGAAAAUCUUUCGGUUCUAGUGGGUGCAAAUCACGUUAAUGACCCAGAUGGGGUGUUCCAUGAGAUCGACACUGUUAUGAAACAUCCCGAUUUUAGUUACCACGAAUUGGAUAACGACUUUUCAGUAAUUAUUCUGAAGGAACCCGUGGAGUAUAGUCAAAAAGCGAGGAACAUUGACAUCUCGAAUUCCGACCAUGAAGGAGGCACUGUUGCCACCAUUUCCGGAUGGGGAAGAACGGAGUAUGGGACUCCAUCCAAGUAUUUGAGGGCCACAAAACUCACGGUGGAAAAUUGGGACAAGUGUCAGGAUUAUUUUCCGGGGGUGUUUCAUCCGAAAAUUACGAGGAAUAUGAUCUGUGUGAGGCCUAGUAGGACAACCACAUAUUUUGGAGACUCCGGGGGACCCCUUGUCGUGGACGACAAACUCAUCGGUUUGGUGUCUUUCGGGAGAAAAGUUGGUGGUGAGAAGAAAACAACAGUUUUUACGCGAGUUCGCAAUUUCUUAGAUUUUGUAGAAGAAGUAGUGCCUGGUUUUUAAUUGUUAAUAAAUUUUACAAA